AAAAUAAAAUAAACGUGCAACAACCUCUUUAUUUCAACAUAAAUUUCAUAAUUCUCAAUAUUUCAUCUAAUUAAGCUUUACAGCCAUUAUGAGUGACGAUUACCUUAGUAAACCAUUGUCAAUCGGUGAUAAUGACUUAGGGCUAGCACCAGCACCUAGACAGACUAUUCCAAAAUUUCAAUCUCCAUACCUUAACUAUGAUACUCGAUAUAUGAGACAGGCACAGCCUGAAUUUAUAUUCCCCGAAGGAGCAUCAAAACAAAGAGGAAGAUUCGAGCUUGCAUUCAGUCAAAUUGGAUCUGCAGUAAUGAUUGGUGCUGGGAUUGGAGGUGCAGCUGGAUUAUACAAUGGAAUGAGAGCUACAUCCUUAGCAAAUCAGACAGGAAAACUUCGAAGGACACAAAUGCUUAAUCAUAUAAUGAAACAAGGAGCAGGAACAGCAAAUACACUUGGAACAAUCGCCGUCAUGUAUUCAUUAUUUGGUGUAAUUUUGUCACAAGUCAGAGAAGAUGAUGAAAUUAAUACAGUAAUAGCAGGAACAGCAUCGGGAUUAUUCUAUAAAUCUACAGCUGGACUCAGAAAGUGCGCAAUUGGUGGUGGUCUUGGACUUGCAAUUAGUUCUGCUUGGGUUCUAUAUAAUUUGUCAGGAUCUAAAUUUAACAAAAAUUACAUGUAAGAAUACUUUCCCGAAAAACUAAGGUUUAAUGCUAAUAUGUAUAGAAUAUAGGCGAAUAAAACAUAAAUAAACUAUGUUUAAUUCUUGAAAUCUGUAACAGUCAA